CAGCUGGGAGGCCCUUGCUGAGGAGCUGAUUUCUGGGGUCACUUGGAUGUUUGUUAGCAGAUGAGCCCCCCAGUCACCUGCACAGGGUGGGCAGUGGUUGUCUCGGCUCCGCAGUGACUGCUGCUGCUACUGCACAGACUCCCCCGCUACACCCCCACUGGUGCACAUGGCUCUGCGGGGCGCCAGCUCCUUAACGCCGUUUUCCAUCCAGGCCAUCCUGAACAAGAAGGAGGAGCGCUCCUACCCCAGGCUGGGGCGUCUGCUGCCCGCCGGCCCUACUAACCCCGCCUGCUGCUGGAGGCUCUUUGGAGCAGUGGACGCUGACGGUUUGCCCUCCCCGUGCGGGGGCCCGCGGGGCAUGGGGGCCGGGGCAGAGCAGGCUGAGUGGGACUCGGACUCAGCUCUCAGCGAGGAUAUUGAGGGGGACCCAGGGAGACCGGGGGAUAGCGGCGCGCUGGAGGGCAAGGAGAAGCGGGCGAUGGAAGCCGGACCCAAGGGGGAGGAAGAGGGAGACACCCCGGGCUGCAGUGACUGUGAGACGGCAGCAAGUGUGUCAGAUCCCAGUCCCCCAGAUGAGGACCCCAAGUGCGAUAAGCUCCUGCUGGAUGCCCCUAAGCAGAGGAAGAAGCGUUCCAGGGCAGCCUUCUCACAUGCUCAGGUCUUUGAGCUGGAGAGACGUUUCAACCACCAGCGCUACCUAUCUGGGCCAGAACGUGCUGACCUGGCCGCCUCCCUGAAGCUCACUGAAACCCAGGUGAAGAUUUGGUUCCAGAACCGUCGCUAUAAGACUAAGCGCAGGCAGAUGGCUGCAGACUUACUGGCUACAGCCCCAACAGCAAAGAAAGUGGCCGUCAAAGUAUUGGUAAGAGAUGACCAGAGACAAUAUCAACCAGGGGAAGUGCUCAGGCCGUCCCUAGUCCCACUGCAACUGCCCUAUUACUACCCUUACUACUGCGCUUUGCCUGGCUGGACUCUCUCAGCAGCCGCCUGUACUGGGGGGUCUCCCUGAAGAAGAAUAUGGUGCUCGCAACCACCGGACUUAAUCUCCUUCUUUUAAAAUGACCAGGAUUGGAGGUAGGGGAAUUAUACCCCAUUGGUUCCUCCACCAUAGUUUGAUGGAAAAAACGAUUUGACUUAUUGGGCAAUCAGAGAAGGAGAUGCCUAUCUGGCAGCCAAUGGGUUAAAAAUCUAAGCUAUAUAAAAACUCCAAAAAAACUAUCGACUAUAUUCAUGGUAUCCAUGUUGUUAAUAUUAUGUAUAGGUUUUAAUUAUAUAUGUAUAUAUAUAAGUAUAUAUUUUUAUGAAUUGAUGUUAUUUGGACUUGGACAUAAAGUAUCACAGGAACAAGAGCUGGGAUCACAGUCACUGAUGUGAAUUUAUAUCUUGGUUACCCAUUACUGCCAGCAUAAGUCAUGGAACUAUGGAUUCCUGUUCCCUGAACUACAUUUAUACAGAUAUGUUUUCCUCUGCCAUGUUUAGGCUUCUCCAUAAGUUUUAUUAGGAUCUAUGGUAAUUACCAAAAAUAUUUUGUGGCCAGCCAUGGGAGACUUUAGCACUUUUCUGAUAUACUGUAAUAAAUUCUUAUUUUCAUAAUCAA